GUCAGGUCGCCACACAGCACACUGAGAUUUGAGAGUUUCUCCCGCGCUCACUCAUCUCCACAGCGCGCGACCAACGGUUCGUCAAGGAAAGACGGCGUAAGCUCCGAAUUAAGUUACAAAUAACACCAGGGAGAGUCUUCAUUUUGUUCAUAUUCUCCAACUGUAAGGACCAAGUCGGCCGACAAAGAUUGAUCUGAGGUGCAAUUUGAAGCUUAUGAUGCGAUUUUCUUCAUGGAAACGAAAUGAUGAAAUCACAUAAACUUUGGAUUCUAUAUUUUCAGGACAAUGGCCCCCAGCUGACGGCAGUGACGGAAAGAGACUGAUAUGGAGUUAGACACAACUGCUGCACUGGGCAUAUGGAGCAACAGCUCCAUUCCUGGUUUCCUUCUCAGCGAGAACAUUCUCAAUGACACCUGCAUCUUCAACACUUCAAACUGCGCCAAUGGGACAGAUACUGGGAACCAAUCAGGAACCAGCAUGGCUGGAAUCCUUAUUCCUCUCAUUUACAUAAUUGUUUGCAUCGUUGGCUUGGGAGGAAACUCUUUGGUCAUCCACAUUGUCCUGCACUACUCCAAGACAGAGUCAGUGACCAACAUAUACAUCCUUAAUCUAGCUAUAGCUGAUGAGCUUUUCAUGUUGGGCCUUCCAUUCCUAGCUGUGCAGAAUGCCAUGCACUCCUGGCCCUUCGGCUCCUUCACAUGCAGACUGGUAAUGACCGUAGAUGGCAUUAACCAGUUCACCAGCAUUUUCUGCCUAACCGUGAUGAGCAUUGAUCGCUACCUGGCUGUGGUUCACCCUAUUCGAUCAUCUAAGUGGAGGCGACCUCAAGUGGCAAAGGCUGUGAAUGGGACAAUCUGGGCAUUCUCCUUUUUGGUCGUCUUGCCCGUGGUGAUUUUUGCUAAUGUGCAACGAGAGGGAGGAAUCUGCAACAUAAUUUGGCCAGAGCCAGCCAGAAUCUGGGGAGCAGCAUUUAUCAUCUACACCUCAACUGUUGGGUUUUUCUUUCCCCUGUUAGUCAUCUGCAUGUGCUACCUCCUCAUUGUGAUCAAGGUCCGCAGCUCGGGAAAGAAAGUUCAUGCCACCUCUACCAAACGGCGCAAGUCAGAACGAAAGGUCACACGAAUGGUGGUGAUAGUGGUGGCUGUGUUUGUUUUUUGCUGGAUGCCGUUUUACGCUCUCAACAUCAUAAACCUGGUUGAAUCACUGCGUGACGAGCCACAGGGUCUUCACCUUUUUGUAGUAGUUUUAUCUUAUGCUAACAGCUGUGCCAACCCUAUUGUUUAUGGCUUUCUCUCAGACAACUUCAAGCGAGGUUUCCGGAAGGCUCUGUGUCGCUCCUCACGGAGGGUGGAGAACCAUGAGUCCACAGAGCAGCAGCAUCAGGAGGAAAGAAGAAGGGUGCUGAUGCCCAGGGAAAGUCUUAGAAGAGCAGUGAGAGAUGAUGAAGAUGAGGAAGAAGAAGAGUACAGGGAGGAGAUGACAGAGAUGACAGAAAUCUGCAGGAUUACUCAGAAUGGAAAUGGAAGUGGGCAACCUGAAAGCACACGUGCCCUUUUCAUGGAGAGACCCUCAGCUCCAGGUGUUUCUGAGAUCUGUUACCCAGACAGGAGAGGCUCAGGUGGGGAAGCCAUUGGAAAAGGGCCAGGCUUUGGGCCUGCUGCAACCCUUUUGAAUGGGGCCAAAAAUGGGAAUGUGAAAACACUGCCAGAGGAACCUGUGGAAAAGAACAGCUCAUUGGAGAUCAGCUACUUGUAAAAUAGCUGACAGGAUUUGUCCUAGCUGGAAAAACAGUAUUAUUGUACAUGCCUGCCUACUUCAAAAGAGCCCUUUGUACUACUGGCUUCUAUCAACUCUUCAAAAUGUAAGAAUGGCUUUUCACACUUGAAAAUGUUAACACUGGGUCAUUCUUAACCCAGCCUAUAUGGAAUCCUUUCAUGUUUCACACUGUUUAUACUUUACCCUGGGUUAAUAAUGAAUCCAGAGUAUUUAGUUUUGAGGUUUCACACAGUACAUUCGUUUACCCCAGGUUAAAAUUCUUGUUUGCAUAUUUGCAGUGUCAGUAACAAUGAUUGGACAAAUGUAGCUCGUGCAAGACUAGGGUUGUGCGGUAUAACAGUAAUAAAAAAAAAACAUUAAAAAAUGGUAUGAUAUCAUCUUGUUGAUAAUUUCGGUACCAUACUACAGUAUGGUGCUAUUAGCAACAUUUUAUGGGAUGUGAAAUUUUUUUUA